GUCAGGAUAUUUAUCAAUGUUUUACCGCAAAAGAUUCGUAAUGAAAAUUCACAAAAAUAUUUUAUAUUUAAUUACUCGAUAAAUAUUGAUCAAUAGUUGAAAUGUUUACAGAACUUGUUGCAUUUUACCUUUUUCCUAAUUAAUUAUGCAAUAUUGGUACAAUAAAUAUUCGAUUCGAUGCAGUACUUGAUGAAAUUGAAGGGUAUUUUAUUCGAUACUUUUCCGCUUCAAGAUGUGUUUACACAAAAAAAUAAUUUGAAACUACGAUUUUCAAAAUACAAUGAUUUCAAGUAAAAACUAAAUAAGCAAUGCCACUAUGGCUUCCUAAAAUCAAUGAAUAGAUAUUAUCAAACGAGUUUUGAUAAUAUCUAUUCUUAUCAAACCAUCUGUACAAGUCCAUCGUUCUCAGUUAACAGCUCGUUUUUUCACGAAAAAAAAGCUUUUCGUGCGACUUUCAACGCUUAUACUUAGAUACCUAUCGUGUCACCGAGAGAUAAUCAAAGUUUUAUAAAACGCUCUUGAAACGCUAAAGCUUAAUUAGAUACCAAUGCUUAUGAUUGAGAGCCGUCUUUAAGUGUAUUAACUAUUGGGGUUAUAUUGGAAAAAAUAUUAUCAUUUGAUUAUAAAUUGUAUUUUUAAAAUUUAAAAUUUAUUUGUUCUCAUAAUGGAUUUAUCAUUGAGUGAACCUUGUGUGGAUAUUAAUCUACCAGAAGUUGACUUGAAAGCAUUCGCAUCGAAAGCCAAGGAUUGGAAUUUCUUGCAUGGAGUUAUUAUGAAAUCUAAAAAGGAUUUUAGCGAAGAUCAUGUGCAGAUAGCUCCUUUUCUAUUAUUGCCAUCAAAGUACCCCAAAAAAGAAUUUAAUAAAGCAAAACAAAUACAAACAUCUAUUAAUGCUCUCAUGCAUAAAGUGGCUCACGACUAUGAAUUUCUACAAAGUACCUUAAAAAAUACCAUCGAAGUAGAUUUUUUUACUUCAAAACUCUUUGAUAUUUAUGAAAAAGUCCAUUCCGAAGGAUUUACGCAAUCUAUUAGCUUAGGAUUACUUAGAGCAGACUAUAUGAUGCACAGUACUGAUGGUCAUAAAAUAAAACAAGUUGAAACAAAUAUGAUUUCUUCUAGUUUUGCUGGUCUGAGUGUUCCUAUAACUGAGUAUCAGAGAUUUGCUCUGAAAGAAUUAGGUCAUAUGGAUAAAGUAGCAAAUAUUCCAAAUAAUAAUUCAGCUGAAGGAUUUGCAAUGGGUUUAGUAGAGGCAUGGAAACUUUAUAAUACAAAAGAGUCUGUGAUUAUGAUUGUUGUUGAAGAUAUUGUAUAUAAUAUAUAUGAUCAAAGAGUGAUAGAAUUUUGUGUACACGCCUUAAAUCCAAGUAUAGUUGUGAUCAGAAAAACUUUGAAGGAUUUAAUUGAAACUGCUCGAAUUGGACCUAAUAAAGAAUUACUUGUGAACAAUAUGGAAGUAGCAGUCGUAUAUUAUCGAACUGCCUAUCAAAUUGAAGCUUAUACUUCAGAAAAAGAAUGGUCUGUGAGGCUGCUAAUAGAACGUUCACUUUCUAUUAAAUGUCCAUCAAUACAUUAUCAAUUAGCUGGUACAAAGAAGGUGCAACAACAACUAGCUGUUCCAGGAAUUCUGGAAAAAUUUAUUACAGAUCCCAAAGAAGUAGAUGAAAUUAGAGAUGUAUUUAUGGGUAUUUAUUCAUUAGACUUGAAUGAACAGGGUGACAAAGCAACUGCUAUGGCUCUGAAGAAUCCAAAAAAAUAUGUUUUAAAACCACAAAGAGAAGGUGGUGGUAAUAAUGUUUAUAAUGAAGAAAUAAAACUGCAAUUGGAUAGUAUGAAAACUUCCAAAGAAAGAUCAGCCUGGAUAUUAAUGGAGAGAAUUUUUCCUCCUCUACAAAAAAAUUAUUUAAUCAAGGCCAAUGAAGAAGUGAAAAUGCAAAAUUUUAUUUCAGAACUUGGUAUUUAUGGUGUUAUUAUGGGCAAUGAGAAUCAAAUAUUUUACAAUACUGAAGUUGGACACAUACUUCGUACAAAACCUGCAGAUGCAGAUGAAGGUGGCAUUGUUAGUGGUGCGGGAGCGCUUGAUAAUCCAUACCUUGUUGAUUAAUUGCUUUAUUUUUGU